AUUUGAAAUUAUCACUUAACACAGGCGAUGAUAUCUUUGCUUCAUCAUCCAUUGAGGAUAACUUAUCAUGCGACACAAAAAUGAUCACUUGUACCGAUAGCGAGGAUGCCCCAUCUGAUGAAAUGUCUGGGCCGAUUGCUACACAACCGCUUGAUAGAAAUCAAGUCACUGAACAAACUUUGAAGCAUGAACUUUCUAGGCCUAUUUCUUCAGUGGCAUCAGUUAAACUACAUGAUGAGUCCAUCUUAAACAAUGCAAUUGAGGGUUCUACGCAGAGAUUAGCUUAUUGGAUUGAUGAGGCUAUAAGA